AGCGCGGAAGGCGGCCGGCGGGUUUGAAGGCGCGCGCGCGGCGGGGGAAGGCGGGAAAGCACGGGCGGGCCGGGCCCCGGUCCCCGGUCCUGUCCUACGGCCCCGGGAUGGCCGGGCCCUUGAAUCAGUUUAAAAAAGACUACAGAGCAAGAUUCUGCCAAGGAGGAGGAACUAAGAUUGAUGUACAACCAGGUCAAAAUGUGCUGGAACUCAUAGAGAAUUGUUUCCAAAGUUGUGGUAGUGAUCUUACAAUAAAUUCUCCAAGUACGAGUCUUUAUUGCUCAACUCCUGUUGCCGGAAAAAGGAGGAAUUCAACACAGAGCCAAAGGCCAGAGGCAGGGUUACCUAACUCUGUGAAAAGAGCCUGUAAUGCUGAAGAGUCCUUACCUGCAUCACCACUAAAACCAGCCAGAAGCAGAGGAUCAUCCUAUGAAUUACCCCUGAAGCCUGCAAUACCUGAUUACGUAGCUGAUUCUAAUAAACCACAGUCUCCUGUAUCUAAAAGAGGAACAAAUGAUAUAUUAGCAGAUGUUGAAGCACUAUGCAAAAGUCCUGCCUUGUCUUUGGAUGCUGAGGAUGAUCAUGAGUCUCUUGGAUCACCUCUUCUUUUGGAGGAAGCAAAAAGUCCUCCAGUCUAUAAAUCACACUUGGAUGACCAAAAUAGUCCUGCUGCAGUGAAGAGCCCUGUGGAAGCUGAAAAUUUGGAAGGACCUCAGACUGGGAGAGACGAGCAGGUUGUUCUCGAGCAAGGAAGAGAAUGUGUGGCUGCGUCAUCUGUACAGAAAGAGAAGGGUUUCUCCUCGAUUGUCUUAGCAGCUCUAGCAACAGGAACGCGUGGAGAAAGGUAUUCAGCCUCAGUAUCACCACCAUCACCACCUCCUGUUAAAGAUCAAGAUAUAGAAAUAGAAAAUGAAUUUGAAUUUUUAAUUGAUGAAUCAGAUGAUGUUUCUUGGUUUUCAAUACCGUCUAAGAAGAAAAAAUCAAAAAAAGAUGGCUCUGCAACUCUGGUUUCUAAAGCUCAGCCCUCUGAAAAGGAGAAGACAGAGAGUAAGAAAGGCAAGAACAGAAAAGCACAGGUUGAAGCACAUACUAAACAAAAAAAAGAUGGUUUGGAUGACAGAAAAUAUGACUCCAAAGGAACAUCGGAAUCGGAUCCAGUCUCUAACAGCAAAGGAAAGGUCCUUAAAUCUCAAAGGCAAAACAGUGCUCGUACAGGAAAGACUAAAAAGGAUGCACUUAAGCAAAGCUUUUCAAACCAGAAAAAGGACACGUCCUGGAAACCAGAGGCUGAAGACCUGAUGCUGCCACCCUCUGUGUUGGAAACUAAAGCAUCUGAUGCAGAGCAAUGGAAAACAAAGGUCGUGGCAAGUGAGGAUUUGCCUGUGCCCUCAGUUGAGCAUCAGCAAGAGCCAGCUGUGUCUCCAAAAAAGAAUCUCGGGUCUUCCAAGUAUCUGCAGUCAGAGUCAAAAGCUUCUCGGCCUUUAGUUGACAAGAAACAAACUGCUAAGCAGAAACUUCCAAAAGAUACAGCGGCCAAGAAACUGGCAGAAAGUCCGAGGAAGAAGCUUAAAAAAUCAGUCAAGAAAAGUAGUAAUAAAAAGCCUCCGUUACAAAGAGAGGAGAGUUCAGACAGUGGAGAGGAGGGUGCUCACAGUGGACCUCCUGAAGUAGAGCUUGAAAGAGAGCCUGUAAAAUUGCACACGUUGGAGUCACCUGAGGAUGAAAAUAACAAAACUCCCGUAAAAGCGCAGCAGCAUCUCACAGACAGCAUGAAGAAGUCUGAAAAGAAACGUUUGUCAACUAAAUCUUCAGGGAAGAUACCCAAAAAGAUUUGUCACAGAACCAGUAAAGAUGUUUGCUCAAACUCUGAGGACACCGAGUCUCAAACGGAUUCUGACAGCUCUUCUGUAGAGGACGUGGCAAGCAAAAACCAGAAGUUACCAGAUGUGAAAAUAAAAAACAGUAUGAGAAAACAUAACAAGCCACGUGGACCACAAGAUCGCUUUGCAGCUGAGAAGGCUCUGAGUCAUGAAAGUGGGCCUGUUCUAGAACAUUAUGAUAAACGUGCUUUGAGAAGGAAGCUCUGUGAACAGGAUAAUACAUCUUCAGAUAAUUCUGAAGAUUUGAGUUAUCAAGUAAAAGAGCUGUUAGACAACAUAGCAAGGCAUAAAAUAGUAAUGCCUUCCAACACACCUAACGUCCGUCGGACAAAAAGGAUACGACUAAGACCUCUGGAAUAUUGGCGAGGCGAGCGUGUAAACUAUACAAUGAAGCCUUCAGGAGAGCUUGUGAUUAGUGGAAUAGAGUGUCCAGAAAAAGAAUCUCACCGGAUGGUUAAACAGAGGAGGGAUGGUCGCCAGCAGAAAAGAUUAGAAACAAGAAAUGAGGUACCUGCAAAUUUGGAUCACUCCAUAGUUGAUACUUCUAAGCUAACAGUUGUCCUGGACCCACUCACAAAUGAGGAAAUACUUCUAGAAUGUAUUAACACUGAAAGCAAUCACACGUGCUUCUUCAAAGAUGAUACGGUAGAAAUAUAUAAAAACUUGAAUACACCUGCUUUUGCUGUUGGUAGAUUGGUUUUGAAACCAUUGAAGGAAAAGGGACACCAGUUUGUCCACAUGGAUACAAUAGCUUUCCAUGUGAUCUACGGCAAAAUUAUUGUUACCUUACAUAAGACAUCGUAUCUCCUGACUACAGGUCACUACUUCUAUGUUCCAGCAGGAAAUAUAUAUAACAUACGGAAUCUUCUGAAUGAAGAAAGCGUUCUUCUCUUCACACAACUCAAAAAAGACACGUGAAGAACUUUCUGCAGAGAAGUUUGCUGAAACUCUUUUCAAGUUUUCACCAGAAGCAAGAAGCACGUUGCUGGGAGACCUCUUCCCCAUGGCUUUGCCUGCAAACUGAAGAUCCAUCUAAUGCAAAGGAGUUGUAAAGAAUACUGUACCUACCACCCAACUGGAAGCACACCCUGGUCUUGUGGCCUGUUGUUCCUUUGAUCUUAAAAGAUCGUUCCCUAGUGUAAAUUGUAAAUAUGUGGUUUGUAACAAAUUAUCUUGUCUUUUGUAUCAAUAAAUAUUAAAUAAUGCA